CGCGCAUUUGCUUCAGGGGCCAUGCAGGGAAAGGCCGCAGCUGUGGCACCUUUCGGCAGCGGCUUUUGCUGCCUCGUUCUUCAGGUUCUGUCUCGCUGCGCGCAGUCGUUCGUUUUUGCCGGGUCAUCGACGAACUUGCUGUCUCCACCGUUAUGUUUGCUACCCGUGCGCGAGCGCCGAGUCGACAACUACGUCGCACCGAGGAACAGGACCGGGGCGAGAGAUGAUGCGGCGUGGCUUCGUUUGUUACCCGUGCUCGCCGUCCAGGAAGCAGUAUCCGUGUACUCUUCAGGCACUGCUGACGUAGAUAUCACGUGGAGCGACUUCUUCAACGAACCCUCGAGCAGCUUCGCCGAAAGGGUCGACGCUGCGCUGCUUUGCGCUCAGCAACGCAUACUUCACUCCCGAGGCAUCGGAAGGAACACCACGGACCGUCACCACGACCAGGAGACGCAGAACCCCGAGCCCGUCCGCCCGUCAAGCCCGGUCAUCGACAUGGACCCUUUGCCCCCGGAUGCGAACUGCUCUCCCGAUCGCGAUUUCUGCGGCCAGAGUGCCCGUGGAAGCGCCGACCAUGGAUACCCCGAGCCGCCCGAACAGCCACUAGAUUUCUCCCUCAAAAGCGCAGCCACGUCCACAUGUUCCUCGCCGUUGUCGUCCGAAGACGACCGGAGGCCGUCCCCGGACGACCGCUUCCCUCUCGGCGUCGUCUCCCCUCUCCUACACGCGUCGAACCCGAUGCAGUCCCCGGAGUUCCACCAGCGUAAUCCGUUGCUGGUGAUCCCUCGCACGACGACGUCGACCAACAGGUCCGCCUCGACGUCACCGCCCGGCACGUUCCAGAACGGAUACGCCAACCCCUACGGCGGCCCGACGUCUCUGCCGUCUCCUACGGCGAGCAACCUGUCCUCGGGCUCCCCGGCGCCGCCGCCUCUCGUCAGGCCACCACCGCAGCAGCCGGCGUUCCCUUCCCUGCAGCUGCCGCCGCCGGCGGUUGCCACGUCUACUAGCCCGCCGCCGCCGCCGAGUGCGUCAUCAACGACGGGCAAGUACGUGCGGCCUUUCAAGGCGUACCAGAGAGGGGAGCGACUCGGCAUGGGCCUGUACAGCGUCUCCAACCCGUUCCUGCCCGCGGCCCCGGCCGCUCCGGCGGGCUUCCACCUCGCCGACCCGGUGGCCGAAGCGGGGUUCGCGGCGUUCCGCGAGACUUGGCUGCGGACCGGAUUCGGGAACGGACGCCAGGAACACCACAGGAGGUCCAGGACGACGGGUUCGGCCUCUGCCGCCGCCGGCUCCGCGGGCCAGAUAGCCACGACGUCGCCUUCGCCAAUGAGCAACGGCGCCGCGACGUGCCCCGCGGGAAGCGGUGACGACGACGGCGACCAGACGUCGCCGGAGAACAGCAACUCGUCCAUUUUGACCGUCACUAAUGGCGACGCGUCCACCAACGGCGUCGUCACCACCAACGGCGACGCUACUACGAACGGAGCCCUCACCUCCACCAACGGAGUCGCCGCCGCCUCAAACGGUGGCUCCCCGAACGGUGGUGGCGCCUCUACCUCCAACGGCGGCGGUCCCAUCCGCAACGGUCGACGACGCUCUCGCCUCCCCGAAACCGAGAAGGACAGCGCGUACUGGGAACGGCGACGCAAGAACAACGAGGCCGCCAAGAGGUCCCGGGACGCCCGCAGGGCCAAGGAGGACGAGAUCGCCAUCCGGGCCGCCUUCCUGGAACAGGAGAACUCGAGGCUCGUCUACGAGGUCGCCAAGCUGCGCGCCGAGCUCAACCUUCUGCGGCAAGCCAUGUACGCGAACCUGGUCUCGCAGCAUCACCAGCAGCAGUGAUUCCCGGCCGCACACCUUUACGGCACCGUAAGACUUCCGGCCUGUGGUGGCCGAAGGAGAUCGGAGCAGGUCAACUCCUGCGGUACGCGAUGGUAGAGGAGGCACCUUGGACGACACACGAAAGAAGCCGUGCCUUAGGACACAGACGCUCUGGACUUUGGGGUCCGUUAGGACGCGGUGUUUACUGUUCACCUGUGAGUGUGUGUCGUGCUAGCUGACGUCACUGCCGACUAAAUACGUGCAGCGAUAGUCUUUUACACUGCGAGGACUUCGUCUCAUCAGCGCAGAGACUGCUAUUGCGAGCGCAUCACAAAGACUCGAACGAGUGCGAUGACUGCCACGGGACUUGCUGGACUGCUAUAGGCUAUAAGGACUUCGCGCUGACACGAAGCUACCGAACAUUGUGCAUCCGUCCCGGGCCAGUGGUCAUCAUUGCUAAUGUUCAUUUCUCUCAUUGUCAUUUUUAAUUGCCUCUCACUGACUAUACGCACUGAUCACGCUUUUAUAAAGACGAGUGUGUUAAGUCUUUACCAAAAUGUCUUCACGUAUUUUCCGCUUUUGCGACUGUCGCCAUGGUAACAGUAUACAUGGCACUUGAGCAAGUACUUACCGUUGUACCGCUUUGCAUGGAGCCCCUUUUAGGAACUUCGUAACAUGGGUCGUCAAAAAAAAAAAAAAAAGAAAAAAAAAGAAAGACCUGCCGCCACAGUCGAACGCCUUUAUAACGAAGUGCUUGGAGCCUCCGAAAUUCGUUAUACAGGUCAGUUCGGUGUAAAGUUCGCGCAUCGCGCAGCUCACAAACCGCGACAGAAUUACUCCUACGUUAUACAUCUGAUUUCGUUGUGUACAGGAAUGUCACGGCUUGUGCGCAAAUUUUAUUGCUAUUAAUCUCGGGCUCUGUUUAUGCGACAAUGGUGCACAACCUUCAACGAAACUUUCACAUAGCCCGAAAAGCACACUUCUAGCACGACCUAAGUUCGAGGCUAUACCGCCUUUAUGUUAAUGUUCGCAUUGGAGCCCUUUCCCCGGGAAUCCAUUGCAUAUUAUAUACCUGCAUCGUUCAGCCGCUGGGAAUAGCCAACACCUCCUUUGCGAGUGCAAUAGCAGUCGGCGUCAAAAGUUUGCAAGAUGCAUUUUGCGUGACAAGAUCAAAUUAACUAGUAAAUACUAAAACACUGUCGGCCUUGUACAAGAGUGAAGCCUCAAUUUCAGGUUGCGUGCCCCUGAUUAUUCGGCUUUCAAUAUCCCACGGUGCGAAAUAAUUUGACGCCGACUGUCUCAAUAUCAACAUGAUCACUUAGUUAGCCUUUUUUUUUUAUUCUUUUACGGCUGUGAACGAGCGCAAUGGCGUGACGAAGUAUCGUUCGCUCUACGAAUAUAAAAUAAGCUGCAAGGGAUAUACCACGUGGUAACUUGUUGAUUGGCAAGCCAAGCUCUGUUCGCUGAAAAGUCUGGCUCUGCUAUUCUCGAUCAAGGCAGCCUCGUCCAGCCACUAUUAGCGCUACAGUUGGUCGAUUCGGUGGAGCACUUGUUUAUCAUCGACUGGCCAUGUACAUGUCAAAAUAUACUAUAUUGCGGGCAAUAGACGUUAGCUAUUAUAUUUUGGUAGCACUUUUGGAGAUCGCGUAAGACAUUAACGCGACCAAUUGAAGAGCUAUACAGGAAGGCUCUGAAACGACUACCGAUUGAGAAAUGGGCCGGUGUUCUGUAGUGAUUCGAGAAAUCGUUUUUAUCGGCAACCACUGCACCAAAUUGGUUGAGGUUUGUUUUACUUAAAAGAAAAUAGGUAAAUGCACUUCCAGCAGUUAUUUUUUUUUUCAUUUACGCUGUGAAUUUUUUUUAAGAUUGUCUAAAGUCGUAAAUUUUCCGGAAAUGAAACUGUGAAGUGUACAACUCGGUCACGCAUCAACGAAAAACGAUAUCGCAAUUCUGUAAAUUGCUGUUAAUAGUCCAUCUAAAGCGGGAGAAAGUUGUGUAUUAUACACCAUAUUCUGCGAUUUACCGUUAUUAUGCGAGCGUGACUUUCGCAACACCCUUGUAAAUAUUUUUAAAGUUCAAGUCAGCUGUAAAUUUAUAAAUCAAAUUUGUCCGCAUUAAAUGCUCUAACGGGUGCAGUUGACAGAUCGGCGAUAUCUGUCUUUAAUGUAGAGGGACUAAUUUGUAAAAAAAAAAUAAAACUAAAAUAAACUCGAAGUUCACAACUUACAAUUGUUUAAAACACGUUUGUAAAAAAAAAAAAAAGAUGCAGGUCAUAAGUGGAAAUUUUGUUUCCACAAUUCACUGCAAUUUAACUUUCUCUCCCAAUGCAACAUUUAUCGAAAUCAUCCUAGGCGUUGUUAUCACGGAGGAGCAUGUCUGAGUUUUACACGUAUUUGAAUAAGCUGCGUCGGAGUUGGACCCGCGGCCUAAGGUUUCCCCUUAAUGCUUAACUCGUAAUGCAGCUCGAUUACUUGUCUCUUAGUAACACUCGGUCACAACGCUAUGCCACUCAAUGACGUCCGUAUCAGAGCCGGCACAUUCGUACAUUUCCUAUGAAGUGCCGAACGCUUAACGUAUACGUCCAUACUCCUUUGAGCAGGGUAGCAAACCGGACGCUCUUCUGGUUGACCUCCCUGCCUUUCCUCACCUGGUUCUCUCUCUUCACUGGAACCUCAUUUUUUUUAUGUACAGGGCUGUGCGGUUGCCCUGCACACCCGCGAGACCCGGUUAGUUCAAGCGUGGGGUAUAGCACGAUCGAAUUGCGCAUGCGCGACUUGCAUCGUGUUCGACUGCGCAUGCUCGGACGGGGCGGUAACGCCAUAUGGUUCGCGGUCAUUGUUUUGAGACCAAUUACAGUACUCUACUAUGGCCGACUUCCUGCGUGGUGCCUUUAAGAAAACGCCCAGAAAUAGAAAAAAAAAACGGAAAAACCGUAACAUCUCGCAGAUGGGGAGCAGGGUGCGUAACGCUGUUAAUGCUGGUUUAAACGAGCUUGCACUAUGGCGGUGAUAGCUGCUUGAGUAACCACCUGGGUGACAAGCUGUGGAGUACAUCUAGUCCUUUUUUUUAUCUAAUUCUCGUAAUGUAUUGCGUACUUCACGUAGAAAUAUUUGCGCCUCAAUUCCAUACUAUAGACAUUCUAUAGAGCACAUUACAUAUAUACUUGUGCCUCGGAGACACGCGUGUACUGCGCUGUGCACUCAAGGACGUCCACUGUGCACCGGUGUUUGUCAUCAGUUUCGCAUAGUGGGAAGGGGUGGCCGUUUUGAUAACUCGGAAGGUGCUCAGACUGGAUAGAAAAACGAAAUUACUCAACAGAGACAGAGGGCAAACUGCACUCGGCACUUGUAUAUAUAGUAUGUGUACUUGCGGUCAGUGUAUGUGCCGGCAGGUGGCUGCGUUGACCGAGGCACGAUGUUAAAACAGACAUCCACGUUAAUUCGGGAGAAACGUCUCGUCUGUGCCGUGUGAACGAAAAAUCGCGCUAUAUGUAUUGUGUUGUCUUUUUUUUUGUUCCUUUUGUGUGUGUUUGUUUGUGUGUGUGUUUGUGUCGUCAUCGCGUACCAGAAUCCCUCCAGUGAUCGAGCUUACCUCACUCUGUGUACAGCUUUGUAUUUAUUGUGCUCGUCUAACGGUAAUUUAUGUUCCUAAUUUGUAAGUUAAUUUUGUCACUGUAUGUGUGUUUGUGCACGUUUCAUGUCUUUGUCUUCGUUGCCCUCCCCAUCUCCACGUCCGUAUUCUUUUGUUUGUGUUUGUGUGUGUUGACCAAAAAUGUGAGUGGCCAGCAAUAAAAGAAUUAUGAGCGAAAGUUGGUCCGUUCGUUUGUUCAUGGGAGCAAAAAUAGAGAUAGUAUAGCGCUUCCGCGAUAGCAAUAGAUAUAGCUCUAAAACUGGUAUAGCAAGGAAGUAUGCUAUACUGCGUCGAAGAAUUUGGCGAUAUUUCGCGAGGCUACGUUGUGGACGACGGAGCACGAUAACUCACUACUGCAAUGAGUGACCGCGUUUCACCGGCGUGCU